UGCAGUGGUGAUUGGCGGGCGGAGCUGCCGCUCAGGGGCCGGUGCGGCGGGGCUAUUUAAAAGGCGGCGCACGCCGGCGCCCGGUGCGGUCUCCCGUGCGUGAGAGCGAGGAAGCGUGAGGCGCAGCGAGUGACACCGGUAGCCAUCGCCUGUAUCAGAUCUACCACGAUGCCUGGGUCUCUUCCGGUGAAUGCUGAAUACCGUUGGCCCAAAGAUGUGGGAAUUGUUGCACUGGAGAUAUAUUUCCCCUCUCAGUACGUUGACCAGACAGAGCUGGAGAAGUAUGAUGGUGUGGAUGCUGGGAAGUACACCAUUGGGCUGGGCCAGUCAAGAAUGGGGUUCUGCUCCGACCGGGAGGAUAUCAAUUCUCUCUGUCUGACUGUGGUUCAGAAGCUGAUGGAGAGGAACAGCCUUUCCUAUGAUUGUAUUGGGAGAUUGGAGGUUGGAACAGAGACGAUAAUUGAUAAAUCAAAAUCUGUAAAGACUGUCCUGAUGCAGCUCUUUGAAGAAUCUGGUAAUACAGAUGUAGAAGGCAUUGACACCACCAAUGCAUGCUAUGGAGGCACUGCUGCUCUUUUUAAUGCCAUUAAUUGGAUCGAGUCCAGUUCUUGGGAUGGACGCUAUGCACUUGUUGUUGCUGGAGACAUAGCUGUGUAUGCCACUGGAAAUGCCAGGCCAACAGGUGGAGCUGGUGCUGUUGCUAUGCUGGUUGGUCCAAAUGCUCCGUUAAUUUUUGAGAGAGGGUUGCGUGGAACCCAUAUGCAACAUGCAUAUGACUUCUAUAAGCCGGAUAUGGUCUCUGAAUAUCCUGUAGUUGAUGGCAAACUCUCUAUACAGUGCUACCUCAGUGCAUUAGAUCGCUGCUAUACUGUUUAUCGCAACAAAAUCCACGCCCAGUGGCAAAAAGAGGGGAUAGGCAGACGUUUCACCUUGAAUGACUUUGGAUUCAUGAUCUUUCAUUCUCCCUACUGUAAACUGGUCCAGAAAUCUGUGGCUAGACUCUUGCUGAAUGACUUUCUCAGUGACCAGAACCCAGAAACAGCAGAUGGUAUUUUCAGUGGGUUGGAGGCUUUCAGGGAUGUAAAACUUGAGGAUACAUAUUUUGACAGAGAUGUGGAAAAAGCUUUCAUGAAAGCCAGUGCAGAGCUCUUCAAUCAGAAAACCAAAGCUUCGUUACUUGUGUCCAAUCAGAAUGGAAAUAUGUACACCCCUUCAGUCUAUGGUUGCCUUGCCUCUCUUCUAGCCCAGUACUCCCCAGAGCAGCUUGCAGGACAGAGAAUCAGUGUGUUUUCAUAUGGCUCUGGGUUUGCUGCUACGCUGUAUUCCAUCAGAGUUACGCAGGAUGCCACUCCUGGCUCUGCACUGGACAAAAUUACUGCCAGUCUGUCCGAUCUCAAAACAAGACUUGACUCAAGAAAAUGUAUUGCACCGGAUGUCUUUGCUGAAAAUAUGAAGAUCAGACAGGAAACGCAUCAUUUGGCCAACUAUAUUCCACAGUGCUCGGUGGAAGAUCUCUUUGAGGGAACUUGGUACCUUGUGCGUGUGGAUGAAAAGCACAGGAGAACAUACGCACGGCGCCCGCUCAUGGGUGAUGGACCGCUGGAGGCAGGUGUUGAAGUUGUCCACCCAGGCGUUGUUCAUGAGCACAUCCCAAGCCCUGCUAAGAAAGUGCCAAGAAUCCCUGCAACAACAGAAUCUGAAGGCGUUACUGUUGCCAUUUCCAAUGGGGAGCAUUAAGAUACCUCUGUGAGGUGGGGAAUGAAGCAAGGUGUGAGGGUAGGGUAACAGAGGGAGAGGAUUGCAGUAGUGCUCAAGUUUCAGUGCACAGUAGUACUUCAUUGGAGAAUGGAAAACUGUUAAAGCUCCUUGAAAAGCUUUGUCAUAAUAUGGUAUGCUGAUGUUUAUGGUAUUUUCAAGACACUAAAUUCAUGAAUAUACUGGGGAUGGAGGGACUUGCCAGGGGCUGUGUGGAUUCAUUAACAUGUCCAUUUUUAUUUUUCUUUUCAAUUGCUGAGUAGUAGCUGUAGUCCAUUACAAGGUAUUUGUACACAGAAAAAAUCUUUUGCUUGCUCUUUCCAUUCAAAAUGACUUGAAACCUACACUGUUAACUUUUACUGUUAACGUCUACUUCAAACCUCCACUAUUAACUUCUACUGUUAACUUCUACUUUUAACCUAUACUGUUAACUUCAAGUGUGUGGCAAGCUAGUCCAGGCUUAUCAUGUUUGGAUUCUCAGUGCCUUGACAGUAAGCUGUCUUCAGAAUACUGUGCUUCUCUUUCUCUAUACCACCCUCCUCUUUUCUGCCAGUCUGCAUCCCAUCACCCCAUUGCUUUGGGAAAUACAACCAAGUAGCACUCAUUGCUGAAGAAGAAUCUCUCUUCCCUGUCAGAAUGACUAGAUCAAGAAUGGCUAGACUGACAUGUGGUUUUCUUCCAACAAACUUUGUGACCCGCUGUCUUAGUUACUGUGGGAUUCCUCUGAACACCCGUAAUGUGUAUUUUGUGCCAGCUUUAUAAAUCACAGCAGCGUGGGUGGAAAGAGAAAGAGGAGGGAUAGGGAUUUUUUUCUUCCAAAGAUAUGGGUUCAUUGAUGUGGCAUCUUUCAGGAUUGUCUAGUAGAUCCCAUUUGGAGUACUGUGUACAGUUCUGGUUUCCUCAACAUAAGAAGGACAUGGAGCUGUUGGAGUAAGUCCGGAGGAGGAUAAUAAGGGGCUUGGAGCAUCUCCCAUAUGAAUACAGGCUGACAAAACUGGGACUCUUCAGCCUGGAAAAGAGAAGGCUGUGUGGAGACCUCAUAGCAGCUUCCCAGUAUCUGAAGGGGGCCUACAAGGUUGCCAGAGAAGGACUCUUAAUCAGGGACAGUAGGGAUAGUACAAGGGGUAAUGGAUUCAAACUAAACCACGAGAAGUGCAGGUUAGAUGUAAGGAAGAAGUUCUUUACUGUGAGGGUGGUGAGGCACUGGGACAGGUUGCCGAAAGAGGUUGUGAGUGCUCCAUCCUUGUCUGUGUUCAAGGCCAGGUUGGACAGUCUUGGGCAACAUGGUCCAGUGUGAGGCAUCCCCACCCAUGGAAGGGGGAUUGGAACUGGAUGAUCUUAAGGUCCUUUCCAACCCAAACCAUUCCAUGAUUCCAUGGUUCUAUAAUUAUCUAAGGCAGCAGAAUUUUCAUACAGGACUUCCAGAUAUUACUGAGCUGUUUUAAUUGGCAGACGAAGAAAGGGAGAAACAUCACUGGCCUCUCACUAGUCUUUAUAUAACACAUUUCUGAAAGACUAUUUCUGACUUUGAAUUUGGCUUUGUACCUUGAAAUCCUUCUGACUAAUGGUGAUACUGUAGGAGUAGGGUCUUUUUUUUUUUUUUUUUCUCCUUUCUUGUUUUUUUCCCGAUAUGCAAGCUAAAAGCUAUCAAUUUUGCAACAGGUAGAUAUACCAUACUAAUGGGGAUUCCAUUCUGGUAGAUUUUUAAAGUCCAGACUGGAAAUUAACUAUGACAUGAGCCUUGUAAGCUUGUAAUAUAUACAUAUUUAAAUUGAGCUAAUGUACAGAAUGAAAUUUUGUUGGAUUUAUUUCUUUGCUAAUUCUACAAAGCUGCAUUAUCUAAUAUAAAGUAGCAAAAAAUUACAUGUCUGUUAAGUUACAAUUUUUUUGUGUGUCUAAUAAAGUGUUUGUAUUAUCUGUCACUCACUAGGAUUUGAUAACUUGCUGUAUUUGUACAGUCAAGCCUUGGUAAAAUAGUUGUUUAUUAUAAAUUUAUGGAUACUAAUCUGUUUGUUCUGCUGAAAAUGAUGGAGCAAUGAUGCAUGAUAAUAGUGUUUGCAAGUACUUUGGUUUAGGUUGCCCUCGUGAAACUUAAUCUUGGCACCAGGAAAACAAAUUGCCAUGGAACAAAGUCCAUUGCUGGCAGUGGACAAGCCAGGAAAUGAGCUACUGGCAUAAAGUUAUCACAGGGGCCUCGUGGUUUGUGAGGCUGAUCCUUUAUUAAAAUAAAGUUUGAGAUAUUUGAAACCUG